AUGUGUGAUGAUUAUCUUCAAUUUCAAAAUCAUUUAAAAGAUUUAAGAAAAAUGGAUGAUUUAAUAAUGAAUACACUGAAUACAACCGUUCUCACAGCUACAUUUCGUUCUCAAGGUUCCGAUGCAACCAAACAAUGUCAAAAACUUGGUGAUGAAAUUGCUUCACGUGCAACAUAUCGAAAUGAAUUGAUUAGUGCUUGUAUAUCACGUACCAAUGAUUCAUUAUCACAAAAUGAUUUGAAUGAAAAUCGACGUAAAGCAUUAACAUUUCAACGACGACAAUUACAAAAUGAACGAAAUGUCGAAGAAAUUGUUUACACCAACACUGAAAAAGCAUUUUAUGAACGUUGCCGAGAUUAUUAUACACCUUCGAAAAAUGGACUUAAAGUUUCAUCAUCAAAAUGA